CAUCACGUGACUUUGUUUACUUCCGCCGUCUUGUCCCGGACGAGUGCUUUCUGUCCACAUGGCUAGAAACGAAGAAAAGCAACACGGGAAGUUAAACAGACUUUGGCUUCAGAAAGAGAGAGAAGAAGGCCGACUAAAAGAUGUCCGGGAGCAGAGACCCAAGCUGUCUACACUUAAUUCAGCGUCCUCUGUGAAAAAGUGGAUCCCCAGCAUCAUGAAAGAAAUGGAGUAUUACCUGCAGCAAUCCCAGCUUACUCAUUACCCUGAGAGGAAGAUAGCUGAGUUCCAGCUGAACAUCGAGGCCUUGGAAAAGGAGUACAAGCGCUUCAUUACCAAGCUCAGAGUACUUGACCCCACCUGUAAGCACAAGCCGUGGACCCCCAGGGCCUACUGUAAAAGGAGAGCGGCGAAAGAAGAGUCGACAACAAGCAUUGUGAAGAAGUCUCGGCUUUGUGAGACUGACAGCUGCCAGAUUCUAGGUGAGGCUGCCCCUAGUAGAACCUCAACCCGACUGGUCAACCACCUGGAGAGCAGUUCCAUCCCAACUUCAGGAUGCAAAGAGGAAGCCGCUUCUGAAGACCAAGACCAGCCACUCUCCUUCGACCACACCCGCCUGGCGAUGGCCUCUGCUGCCUUUAGAGGCGCGUUGGACCAGCGAGGCUUCUCUCAGACGCAGAACCUAGCAAGGAUGUUGCAGCUUACUCUGCCAAACCUCGGUAAUUCUGCCAUAGUUCCGGCACCGGGGAGAGGCAGUGACAUGGCAGCAGAUGUUGGACAGAAAGAUGCAGUGGAAGAACGGAGGACAUCAUGCGGAAUAUCUCAAGACAAGACGGGUCAUGUCCUCGGACUUGAUUGUUACGCUUCUUCUGGAGACGAGUCAGACACGUGAUGCAAAAGUGACUGUUUAAUAAUGUUCUGACAGUAAUAGUCUGUUUAUGAGCACCAAACGUGAAAAAAAUCUUUAAAAUCUCCCUCACUUGUUUGCUCUGCUUUUGAGACAAGAAUCACUUAAACACUUGCUUUUGAAGUUGCGGCUUUUCGAAACGUCAUGACACCACCUGUAACCCGCCCCCAGCUUCAUGGAGGACAGCAUGGUAAAAAUCCAAAACAAAGUAACAGGCUUCACAACACAUCUUAAAAUGCAGCCUGGCGCUCUGCCAACUGGCCGUCAAUCAGCUACAGAUGUGAGAGCUGUAAGUUUGAUGAUUUUAUUUUUUUUUUUAGCAAAUAGUCUAACCUCGCGUGAUGUUGCUUUUCAAACGUGAGUGUUAGCACUAUAGCUCACAUAGCUAUGCUAGUGUUACUAAUGUUUGUGCCCUCCUGUCCUACUUCUUCAUAUUACGUUGUUGUAUGGGCAUAUGACCUCUAUUACAUCGACGAGUGCAGCGUUAUAGUGUAUAUGUAAAAAGUGGAUGAAGUGCACAAUAGCACUUUUGGAGACACACUCUGUUGGACAAACACAGCUCAUUAGCAUUGAAGCUACAGACCUGCAAAAUGGAGAACUCUAAAUUUUAGCAUCAAGUUUAGACUUUGACAACACACUCCCAGUACACAACUGUGGUACCCGCCUGUCACAGCUGAUUACUCGGGGUAUCACAAGACAAUAUUGGGUCCAUGAGAACAUUAUUUUUAAGAAAAGUACAAAAAAAAGCUAUUAUACUUUAUUAUUGUUGUUGUGAUUGUUAUUACAAUUGCUUUUGUUUGUAUUUUUUGGUGGUGUAUUUGUGUGUCUUCUCUUUUCGACUGUUUUGUGCGUAUUUUUGUGAGUUGGACUGGGGUGGUGCUGGGGCUGUUUCCUUUUUAUAUCUUUUAUUAAUUAAAUAAUUUAAAAAUAAAAGUACAAUGAAACAGUCCUUAUCUGGUCCCUCCACUAUAGUUGAUGAUAAAAAACUAACCACUUUAUAUCUUAAUUAUAUACAGUAUACACUCAUCCAUUGCUACAUCGCAGCUCAAACAUCUAUCGGUUUUCCAAAAAAUAAAUGAUUAGCCUUACGUGGUUGACUACAGCCCAUUAUUAGUCAUUGCUCGGUCAAAUUUGUCUUUUUUUGAGAAUACAUUGUUAAAAACUAAGCAUCACAUGACUGUACAUGUAUUCAUCAAGUAUUGGAGUAUCACAAUUCUUAAGACAAUUAUGAUGGUAAAAAUGCAUGUCUUCUGAUAUAAACCUCUGAUACAAAUGUGAUGCAAAAUUGACUUGUUUGAUACCUCCGUCCAUCUUCUAUGCCACUUAUCCUCAUUAGGGUAUGUGACAUAUUUAUGACAUGCAUAAUAAGAUGCUAGGUGGUUGUACUGUGUAAAUAAUUGAUCAUUUUAGUGGACAACAAAGAGACAUCACUACUUAAACAAUUGUAAUGAGAGAAGACCAGCGAGACCACUGGUGUGUAACAACUAUUGUUCCUAAGCUGCAACUGUGUUUAGUAUUGAGUAGUAAUUCAAAGCUACUCCUCCUUGAUUCAAGGUUAUCAACCUCACCUGACAAGCUCCUGUAAAUAGUUGAAGUGUUAAAUAAAACAAGAAAAUCUACUGGAGUUGACUUGACAAAGCGUCCU